GGUCGUGGGGGUGGGGAUCCGCCGCGGGUCCCAGCGUUCGCGACGCGCCGCGUCCAAUCGCUGGCGGUGGGCGGUUAUCGGUUCCCCCGGGUCCAUAAAUGAAUCCCUCACGCACACGCAGUUUCCCCGUCAGAUCUUGAUCUCGUGCCGCCCGUCGGCUCGAUCCGUCCGCGGCGGAGAUGGAAAACAGCCGGAACGCGAUGCAGAGGAAGCCGAUCCGUCCGAUCGCGGCUAUUUGCAACAACAUGGGGAUGGGGAAGGAUGGAAAGGUGCCCUGGAGUUUACCAGCCGAGUUCAAGUUCUUUAUUGACACGAUCACGGGCGUGACGAGACCAGGACGAAUGAAUAUCUUGGUUUGGGGCAGACUGUGCUGGCACUCCUUCCCAGAAGCUUUGCUCCCGCUGCCCAACGCUCUACACGUGGUGCUGAGCAACACACUGAAGGCCGCUCCAGAUCACGCCCACUUCUUGUGUCAGGACUUUGAGAGCGCCGUGCGUCUGGCUUCAGAGCCCCCACUUGCUGACUUAGUAGAAACCAUCUGGGUUAUUGGAGGAGCGCGGGUCUAUGUGGACACACUGAAGCAUCCCUGGUGUGAUUUGCUCUAUCUGACAGACGUCAUGGCUGACUUUGACUGCGAUGUUUUCUUCCCCGAGUUUGACAGAGAAAUCUUUAAAGUUCAAGAAAGAUUUCCUGGCAUUCCAAGUGAGAUCCAAGAGGAAAAUGGUAUAAAGUACAAAUUCCAGGUGUUCAAAAGGAUCCGCGACGCAUAGAUGACAAAAUGAAGACCAUCUCAGAAAAAACUUGAAAUGUGGAGCCUUUGUUAAAGCAGACUUGACUCCCGGAAAACAAGCACUCUUUCCAGCUAGUGUUAAUAUGACCUUAAACUCUUUUAUUUUCAACACGAAAUCGAAGCUCUGUGUGCACAGACACUUUACCAGCGUUCUACUUGUUGUCUACAAAACUCAGCCCCCUUGUUAGUGUCCUCCUCGUUAAUACUGUUAAUACUUAAUACUUCUGGCUUGCUUUGAUACUAAAAUGAAUUUUGUACUUUUAAAAUGACUGAGAUAUUACAUCUUAUGUGUUUGUCGUGUUUCUACGCUGUAUUUUUGUAAUGGCUGAUAGCUUUUAUUGAAAUUAAAUAAAACGAACAAGUGCAAACUUUC